UCUUAAAGCUAGUUAAGAAAGCUUACUUUCUCUACUGGUUCCUGGCGAAAAUGGCAUAAAAGUAAUGAAACCCGCCAUUGCUACUUGAUAUCCUCCUUUUAUUUUCUUAAAGAAUCAACCUCGUCCUUCCAGUAGCAGUCGCCGUUCACAGUUCGAAUCAAGAAUCAAGUUUCAAUCUCCGUCGCCAACCUCCAUUCUCCACCCUACGACCUCCGUUCACCGGCCGCUGUUCGAAUCUAACAUCCCCUGACCCAGUCCAAGAACCCUAGCAGAGCGCCCCCAUCGCCAUCUCCCCUUCUGUCCUUAUGAGUCGCCACUCGCCAUUGUGAUUCGUGAGUCCUAGUUCGUCAGCAGCAAGUCUCUCCUCUCCUCGUCGAACAACCUGACACACUUUGUCGGCAUCUUCAAUCUUGAGGAAAACUGGGAAAAUUUAUUACGGAGGAAGUUAUCUUAGUUAAUGUGUAUAGUGUAGCAAGAUCUUCUAUUUGGCUUUUGAGUCGGCCGGGAUUGUGAAGAUUAUUGGAUUACUAGACUCCUGCAUGAAGCCAAGAAACUGAACUUUUGGUGUCAUCAUAGUCACCGUGUUAGCAUGGUUGAAUAUCUGAUAUCCAUUCAGGGAAUUCUUUCACUCAUUGCGUGCACUUGAUUUUGAAGUUAAUGUGAAUGAAUUCUGAUCAUUGAUAACUAGAAAAGGGAAUGCAUCUAAUGCAAUGAAAACUGUGAAACUAUUUAUAAUUCGUUGUCAGUAUAGACAUGGUUAGAAAAUAGGAGAAGAUCAAGCUUCUUUCUAGUAUAUUUCCCUGGAUGUACUGUUUCUGGUGGCCUCAACUGAUUUCUGGCAUACAGGUUCUCUUUAGCAUCUGUUAUCUGUUGCAGUGGAAGUGUAAUCACUGGUUGCCCAUCUAAGAAAUGGGGUGUGUUUGGUCAAAUAUGGACGAGGAAGGGAAGAUUCGUAACUGUAAGGAGAGGAAGAAUUUAAUGAAACAAUUGGUGCACAUUAGAGGUUUUUUUUCUGAUUCCCAGUGGGCCUAUUUGAAAGCUUUGAAGAACAUUGGUGUAACCCUCAGGCAAUUCAUAGAUUCUGACUCGCUGGAGCUUGAAAAUUCUCUUGAUGACACUAGGCCUGCCUCUCCAUCCCUCCCCCUGCCUUCAUCUCCUCCACCGCAACCACCACCGCCUCCUCCUCCUCUUAGUCCUGAUAAGAAUUCUUCUGUGCAGCUAAAUCAGCAUAGUUUGAGCUCGUCAUUGGAAGGCUACAUUUUUGGGUCAUCUUCACCCUAUCAUAAAGUAUCUGAAAUAGAAGAACUAGAAACUGAGGAAAACUGGGCAGAAACCAACACGGAAUUUGAGGAUGAAGAUUCUGAAGCACAAGCUGUUGCAAGUGGUGUAAAUCCACUUAAGAAACAACCGUGGAAAGAACAGGGAGAAUCUAUAAAUUUGUCCAUGGUAGUUGGUGUAGGGAAGAACUCACUGGAGGAUAUUAUUAAAGAGUUAGAUGAUUGGUUCCUAAAAGCAUCUGAAGGUAGGAAGGAAAUAACUCUUCUAAUGGAUACCAGUAAAGGAAAUAUUCUUCUGCACCAGAAUUCUGGACGUCAAAAGACAAAAAAAAGUGAUUCUGCAAAGGUCUUCAGUGUGCUUUCUUGGAAUAGGCAUACCAAGUCAUGCCAGAAUAUCAGGGAGACUGCUGAAUCAUCCGGUCCUAAUGGAACUUGCAAGCCAGGGGCUCAUUGCGCCACGCUUAAAAAAUUAUAUGCCGUUGAGAAGAGACUUAAUAAGUUAUUAAAGGAGGAACAAAUUGGGAAAUUGGAGUAUGAGAAGAAAUCCUCUUUACUGCAAAAAAAGUUGGAGGAGAACCCUGACUGGGUUGAGAGUGAAAAAACUCGAUUAAGUGUUGAGAAUUUAGAAUCAAAUCUAUUACGACUGCAGCAAUCAAUCAGCGAAGCAGCUUCUUCAAUAUUGGAAAUCAUGGAUAAGGAGCUGUAUCCUCAGCUAGUUGAAUUGACUUCAGGGUUGACUCAAAUGUGGAGGACAAUGCAUGAAUAUCAUCAAGCCCAAAUUAUCAUCUCGCAGCGGUUGAGUUACCUCGGUGAUAAUCAAAAUACAUUACUAAAUUCUGAUUAUCAUCACCAGGCCACACUUCAAUUCGAGACUGAGGUCAGCUAUUGGUAUAAUAGCUUUUGUAACCUGGUAAAAUCUCAGGGGGAAUACGUAAGGAUUCUGUAUGAAUGGAUUCAACGUACUGAUUACCUCAUGGAUGACCAUAAACGGAGUGGUUGCGCCUCAAUGAUUCAUAGCAUUAGUGAACAGUGGAUGCAUGGACUUGCCAAAGUACCUGAUAAGGAGACCUCUGAAUCAAUAAAAAGCCUUCUAUCAUCUAUUAGUAGCAUAAUUGCCCAGCAAGCCGCAGAAAACAGACUGCAAAAAAGGGUCAAAAAAUUGGAGAGAAAGCUGAACAAGGAACAGAUCUCGCUAGAAGAGAUGAAUGACAAACUUGAGUGGAACGAUGAUGGUGGAGAUACACCUGCAAGCCCUAGUAAUCCUUCAGCAAUUAAACGUGCCAAAAUUGAAGCUUUUUUAUCAGUUAAACGUGGCAACAUUGAAGCCUUAAGGAAGCAAAAGGAAAAUGAGGAGGAAAAUCUUUUGAAAGCUAAGCAGUUGACCAAAGUGAUGACUCUAAACAGCCUCAGAUCGAGCCUUCCUCAUUUGUUCCAGUCACUCGCAUCAUUUGCCAGUGCUUAUAGUCAAGCAGUUGAUGUUGUCAAUAGCCAAGCUAACCCAGCAGAGUGUAAUGACACCACAUCUGAAAACUAGCACAAUUUCCUUUUGCUUUGAUGCUUGGAAAAGAGGCAAGCAGUGUUUCUUGAUACAAAUUCUGGGGUUUUUAUACUAUUGUUAUAUGGUAAA